AUGACGGCCCCUCAACGCCCCUCGCCCUCCCAGGCCCCCGCAUUGCAUCGCCACUCGGCCCAAAGGUCAAAGGAAGAUGACGAAGACGAUGACGAUGCUGAUGCUAAUGCUGAUGCUGGUGAUGGUGAUGGUGAUGCAGAUGGCGAUGCAGACGAUGAUGAUGAUGGUGAUGCAGAUGGCGAUGCAGACGAUGAUGAUGAUGGCGUCGCCCGCAUGUUUUGGUCGGCGACCGCCAUUUCUUCACAGGUACAAGGUCUUCUUUCGUCACUCAAAGAGCCUGGCUGGUGCUGGGCUGGGCUGGGCAUCGGAUUUUGCACUUGUGCAGUGUGCCCAGGUCUUCCCUCAUCCGGCGCCCUCUCUACGGCAGCAGCACCGACUGCGCCCAGUACCAUGGUCAUCGUCAUAGUAUUACUAUACAGUAGCAGUCUCUUGUCCCAGGCCAACCUUCCCAACGGCCGCGCCUGGGAAGCUCAUGCGGACACGAGUGCGCUGACAUGA